AUGGAGGUUGCUCAUUCAUUGGGGUCUGUUACAUCAGGAGUGGAAUACUGUUGUACCCAGCUCUCCAUCGCACUGCCAGAUAAGGUCUACCUGCCUGGGAGUACAUCCUAUCUGGCCACCGAGGCGGAUUAUUGGUCUGCAUUCGAGGCAGAUCUAUCCCCGGCGUGCAUCGUGGUUCCAUCUUCUGCGCAAGAUACCUCCGUGGCUGUUUCUCUCCUUUCCAGGUACAGGGAUUGCAAGUUUGCAGUCAAAGGAGGCGGACAUGCUCCGGCGGCAGGAUUUGCGAAUAUCGAGGCCGGAGUGACAAUUGAUCUCAGAAAUUUAAACUCCGUCCAAGUAGAUGCUGAGAGAGCGACUGCCAUGGUUGCUGCUGGGGCCACCUGGUUGGAUGUUUAUCAAGCUUUAGAUCCACUGGGGCUCGCCGUUGCUGGGGGCAGGAAUGGCAAUGUCGGCGUCGGAGGUCUAGUGACUGGAGGUGGUAUAUCCUAUUUCUCACCACGAGUGGGAUGGGCAUGCGAUAACGUGUUGAAUUUCGAGAUUGUUAUUUCCUCUGGAGAGAUAAUCAAUGCCAACAGCACGUCCAACUCGGAUCUCUGGCGCGCAUUGAAGGGUGGAUCAAACAACUUUGGGAUUGUGACUCGAUUUGACUUAGCCACGUUCAUUCAAGGAGACGUAUGGGGUGGGCAGCUUGGCUUCUCGAUUGACAAUCUCGAUGAAGUUUUUGAAGCAUUUGAAGGGAUUGCAUCAUCCGCAGAAUACGACCCUUAUACCUCAAUCGUAACGAGCGUUCUCUUCUCUGGUGGAUGGUCAAUCAGCAACCUGGUGACAUAUACCAAGGCAAUUGAGAGUCCUCCAUUGGUGCUUGAGCCAUUGCUUGCAAUCCAGCCGCAGAUCAGCAACACAUUAGUCAACACUAACCUGAGCACUCUGACUGACGAGCCAUCGCCAUCCUCGCUCUUGUUCCUCUCGUUGCUAACAAUAUCUUGUUGCAGCCGCAUUGACUUUCAAACCGGGACAUACGGAGUAAAUCUUGAACUCCUCUCCAACAGUUUUGAAAUUAUCAAUUCAACGGUAUAUCGCUUGCUAUCGAAGACCAGUAGCAUGGUGAUAUGGAGCAUUGCAUAUGAGCCCCUGUCAACUGCAAUGACACAGUACAGUAAGCCGAAGGGAGGCAAUUCGCUUGGCGUAACUCCUAGUGAUGGGAAUGCCUUUAUAUUACUUAUCAGCCCCUUCUGGACCGAUUCAAGUAUAACGAACCUGGUGAAAUCAGCCGCGUGGGAAAUGAUUAAUGAGAUUGACCGCAACGCAACAUCGAUGGGUCUCAAGCAGGAUUUUUUGUAUCUCAAUUACGCCAAUCAAAUGCAAGAUCCUCUCCACAGCUAUGGAGAAUCCAACCUGGAGGCACUCCGGAAGGCGAGUAUGAGAUAUGACCCCAGUGGGGUUUUCCAACACCAAGUGCCUGGCGGCUUCAAGUUGUGGCGUUGA